AUGGCUGACAUGUCUGCUGUCGGUGAUGAGAAACUCUCUCCCGUUCAUGAUGACCUGCAACAGACCGGUAACGGCGACAACCGCGGCACCAAGCGCAACCGCAUGAGCGCGGAGGACGACGACGAUGAUGAUGACAAGCCCGGCCGUGAGCGCCGCAAGAUUGAAAUCAAGUUCAUCCAGGAUAAAUCGCGUCGCCACAUCACUUUCUCCAAGCGUAAGGCGGGUAUUAUGAAGAAGGCUUACGAACUCUCCGUCCUCACUGGCACGCAGGUGCUGCUGCUGGUCGUAUCCGAGACCGGAUUAGUUUACACUUUCACUACCCCCAAGCUCCAACCCCUCGUCACCAAGGCUGAGGGUAAGAACCUCAUUCAGGCUUGUCUGAACGCGCCGGAUCCUACUACCAACGAAAAUGGUGUUGAUCCCGUCGAUGUCCCCGCCGAGGCACCCGAGGACGUGGCCCACAACAACGUGAACGCGCCCCAAGCCAGCAUGCCCCGUCCAGGCAUGCACCCUGGUUACAUGACCAAUGAGCAGCAGCAGCAGAUGGCGUACUAUCAGAACCUUCAGCAGCAACAGCAGGCUAAUGGUCAGUACGCCGGCAUGCCAGUGGGCAACCGCAUGCCCCCGCAGCACCAACCUACGGCUUAA